AUGGAUGACAUGUAUCCUGAAAACCUCGACAAUCAACCUGGAGAAAUGGGACAAAACCCACCAUAUUUCUUCCCAAAUCCUCCACCUCAACAUCACCAAGAACCUCCCUUUAUGAAUCCUAAUCAACCGCAUAACGCCACUGGAGGAUUGCAACCCUCGGAAUAUGAGAGAAUGAAUAUCAAUCAUUUAGCUUUUGCUCGGGAUUACGUGAUGUUAGGCAUACAACAGAAUCCAGUUCUUCCUUAUCAUAAUCCCCACCAAUUCAUUCCUCUGGCUCAAGUACCUGAUGAUCAAUCAAUGAGGCUUGAAGUUGGAAUACAAAAUCCAAACUACUAUCAGGACAUUCAAGACAGGCGACCAAAUCUUCCGGCUCCAGAAGAAGACAUUUUUUCUGAUGCUGACAAAGAAAUGUUGGAAGCGUUACAGCGUGAUUAUCCAGAUGAACAUCAGGUCGAGCCGACAAUCGAUGCAUACGAAAACAUUUAUAAUGAUCAGAGAGAUGUACCAGCUGAAAGAGACGCGCAAAGUGAGGAAACUCUCGGUAAUUCUGAAUACGAUGAAGAAGUGUUAGCAGGACCUUGCUCUACGAGUCAACACUCUACAAGUCCACCUAAAAGUUCCAGACAAAAUCAAGCCUUAGAUUAUGUCGAACAGUUGAAUAAAAUGCAUAAAACACUCAAUACUAAGAAAAUAGCGAGGAAUUUUAUCAAAUGGGACGGCAGUUAUCCAGAUAACAGAAUAAAACUUGCCAUGACGAUUCAUACGGAUUUGGAUUAUUUCAAUGCCCAAAUAAAAACACCUGUAGUCUACAGCGAAAUGAAUAACGAACAGAAAGUUAUGUACUCGCGAUUGAACAAUUUAUUGAGAUUUAGUAACAAAGGAAUCGUAACUAUUCUAGAAUUGUAUGAGGAAAUGGCGGAAGCAUGGAUACAAAAGACCAAAAAAAAGAGCAGGGAGAAGUACGCACAAAACGAGGGCGCUUCUAAUGAUCGUGGACUCGAUAGUGGCAAUUCAGCAAGACCUUUCGAUAGGACUCAAAGUGUCAGCCGAGAAGAAGCUCUAAAAGUCAGCAAACAGCUGGAUGAACCAACCGAAAGUGUCGAUACUCGUGAUGUUGCCAAGAGAGUUAAACACUUGAUACAUCUUGAUGUGGUCAAAAGAACGCCUAUAUCUUUAAUGGUUGGUGUCGAUCUAAGGGAUUUCAAAAAACAUUUUAUUGACAUUGAAAACCCGAAAGAAUACAGCGAAAUGAAAGGUGCGCAGAAAAACAUCUUCAGGCGAUUGCACAAUUGGUUGGAUUGUGAUGACGCAGAGAGAGAAAAGAUUAUGAAUAUGUGCAAUGAAUUGAUAAAAGCGAGGGGAAAAGACACAAGGAAGUGGGAGAAUCGUAUGAAACGCAAAUCGCAAGUGCAACAAAAUCCGGACAAUAAAUCGAUAUCACUGGUCAAAGUCUCUCAAACAUACCUUCUGCCCACAGCUGAACCCAAAACCGAGAGAAUCCUGGAAAUAGUCAAGAAAUUAAGUAAAUCUCUGGAAGAUGAAGAAAGUAUCGAUAAAAAUCAUCUUACUGAACAAUUUCGUCGUUGGACGAAACAAUGGCAUUAUAGUAAACUUCGUGAUAUUCUUGGUAUCGGUGAAAACUAUCAAUUUGGAGCAGCUAUCACUAAAUGCGCCGAUAAAUAUCAGCAACAGGUGUGCUUACGAUUCCACAAUUGGUUGAAGGAGGAAGAGAGAAUGGAGAUGUUAGAUUACCAUAAAGAAGUGAGGAAAGUAUGGGAAACGAAAGGCGAGUUGAUAAUGAUCAAAAAAGAGAGAGGAAUGGAAGAGCAGGAGCCAUUGGCAAAAAAGAGAAAGCGCAAUGAUACGCCGUGA